UUCUCGCACUCGCACUCCUCCUCUUCGUUUACCUCUACAUCAUCCACGUACGGAACAACCCGUUAUCGCGCCCGACCGCCGCGGACCGAGACCAGCAUAAUGGCGACAAUCGAGGAGCUGGAAGGCCUGUUCGACGACCACCCUUCCUUGGACGCGUCUCUGCAAGACUUCGAACCAGAACAAAGCGAGAUAGGCCAGUCGCCCCGCUUUGGCUAUCCUUCUCAUCAUUCUGGCUUCCGCUCCGACAGCAGCUCGGAGAUCGAGGAAUCAAUCUCGGGAGGCAGAUUCAGCCCGCCCGCUUGGAGACGAGACGGAAACGGCAAUCGAAGCAGCGGCUUUUGGAAUAGGGGCAACAGCAGGUUGGGGAAACGAAGUAGGGAUUCCAGGGAGAGUAGCCCCGAGUUCGAAAGUGCGGAUGAGGGUGCGGAUGGGGGCGCGGAUGAGACACUUUUUGCUGCUACAAGAACGAGGCUACCUACAGGCUCUUUGUCACCAGAGAAGCAGAGAAGUCCGAGUCCUGAUCCUUUCCCGAGUGGUGGUGGGGAUUUUAGAAGCACAUUUGGAGGCAAGAAGAUCAAGCAGGAAGAUGGCCAUGAAGUUAUUGCACCGUCGAUUGAGAAUCCGAACAAUUAUAUUCGUUUUGCUGUCAGGGCAGAAGUACAACAUCGUACAGAACCAUUCGAGGCCGCUUUUGAGUUUGUAAAGAGCAAAUUCAAUAUUAUGAAAAGGUCGUGGUCAUCUUUUAUCACUUCCGUCGCUGUCGCAUUACUUUCAAUAUUAGCCUUGCGGUCGUUAUUCCAACCAGGCGUUCUUCCUCCAGUCCCGGACUUAGUUAAGGUGGCAGGACUUGCGAAGGCUUUCGAGCCACUCAUAUUCUAUUCGGAAAAUGGUAUACAACAAAUUGGGGAUCUGCAAGCUACAGGUGCUGCUGUUUGGGAUUUGGGGGAGAGUGUGCGCUCUACAAAUAUGACGUCUGCUCCUAUUAUUGUCAAAGAGCUCGAUGACUUGAGUGAAAGUCUGAAGACAUUAGCCAUAGAGCUAACUCGGUUCUUCGCAAACGUCGACGGAGAUGUUGACGGAAUAUUAAUAGUUAUGGACUGGGCAAAGCGCGAGUUGUCACAAUUACAAAUGCUGCAACCAUCAGCCCUUACAUCUGCAUUCGACAACAUGCACAACUUGUUCAGCCGCUGCGGUCUCCUUGAGACCUCAUCGGGAGCAUCAACUGCUAUAGGCCAGAUUGCAACGUCCAUUUUCGGGCAGACAUCUCCCCAAAGAACCCGCGCAACCCUACAGCGCACUUUUAUAGAAUUUCUCUCGGUCUUAGAAGAUUCCAUCAACUCGGAACUGCAACACUCCCUUGCGCUAUUUGCAUUGUUUGAGUCUAUCGACAAACAAUUCCAAAACCUAGCUCGCACCGUCAUCCGUGAGACUACUGCACAAGACAAUGCUCAAGAUGAUAUGCUUUCGUCAUUAUGGACAAAGCUCCUUGGCCCUAACUCCAGCACUCUACACAAGUUUGAGAAGAACAAGAAGCUGCUCGGCAAUAUUCGCGCCAAAACUUUCCAGAACAAGUCGAUCCUCCUUGAGCAUAACGGCAAGCUCUUGACGCUCAAAGCCAAUUUGGAGAGUCUCAGGAGGAAGCUUGUUAGUCCUCUGGUGCGUGUUAAUGGCAGCACACUCGGUCUCGACGAGCAAGUUCGGGGUCUCGAGGAAGUGAGUGGAUAUCUUGGUGGUGUGCGGGAGAGGCAAAAGGGCAAAUUAAUGGAGAUGCUGUACGGAUCUGGUAGAAGUAGUGGGCAUAGAAUUACGGGUGCUGAUGGUAGAGGAGAGAUCGAGGGAGGCUGGCAUUAA